CCCGCCGAGCGGCGGGGGGAAGCCGGGCCUGCAGUGGUGGCGGACGGCGAGCGCGGCCUGUGCGGGUGGUGUGCAGCAGGACUGUCCAAGCCAUGAUUGAAGUGGUGGCCAAGCUGGGCCGUGGGCCUGUGUUCCUGGCAGGGGAGGUGCUGGAGUGUGUGAUCACCUUCACCAACCCAUUGUCGGCCUCAUCCACCUCUGCCAGCAGUGAGAUGCUGGCAUGGGCCAGCGCCCAGAUCCACUGCCAGUUUCACGCCAGCGAGAACCGGGUAGCACUCCCUCCCUCUGAUGGCAGCAAGCACGAUGUGCAGGCAGAGAAUGAGACCGUCUUUGUCCCCAACAGAGGAGAGCGGGGUCAGUGUAUCCUGUCCACCCCACCAAAGAUCCUCUUCUGUGACUUGCGACUGGAUCCUGGGGAGUCCAAGUCCUAUUCAUACUGUGAGACCCUGCCUGUGGAUGGUCCCCCCUCGUUCCGGGGGCAGUCAGUGAAGUACGUGUACAAGCUGACCAUCGGCUGCCAGCGUGUCAACUCCCCCAUCAAGCUCCUGCGCGUGCCCUUCCGCGUCCUCGUGCUGCACGGUAGGGCCACACACUGCCCUCCCUGCGCAGGCGGCCUGGGCUGCACCUGCCCUGCUGAUGCUCUCACCUCCUUCCCAGGGCUCAAGGAUUACCAGUUCCCACAGGAUGAGGCUGUUGCACCCUCAAACCCCUUCCUGGAGGAGGAGGAGGGCUUGAAGAAAGACUCUCGCCUGGCAGACCUAGCAACAGAACUGCUCAUGGUGGCCACCUCCCGACGCAGCCUGCACCUGUACAACAUCAGCAACACUCGUGGGAAGGUGGGGACAUUCUGCAUCUUUAAGACUGUAUAUAAGAUUGGAGAGGAUGUCAUUGGGACCUUCAACUUCUCAGAAGGAGAUAUCCCAUGUCUGCAGUUCUCAGUGAGCCUGCAGACAGAGGAGAGCAUCCAGGAGGAGUUCCAGCGGCGGCGGGGGCAGCCUGUCUCCUUCACCGUGCACGCCCGCCAUCAGGAGUCCUGCCUGCACACAGCACAGAGCAGCUUCAGCCUGCCCAUCCCACUCAGCUCAACCCCAGGGUUCACCACCAACAUUGUGUCCCUGAAAUGGAGGCUGCACUUUGAGUUUGUGACUUCUGGGGAGUCAGCAGGGACUUGCUUGGUUCGUGGGAGCCAGUCAGAGGCUGUCACCUGGACUGGGGUGGAGCAGAUGGAAGUGGACACCUUCAGCUGGGACUUGCCCAUCAAAGUUCUUCCCACCAACCCCAUCCUGGCUUCCUACGUAUCUCAGUUCUCCAGCACUAACUCCAUCACCAUCUGACUUAGGAGACGUUGGCUUGCAGAGCUGCAAGUGCAUGCCACCAGUGGGAAUGGCAAGCAGGACUGUCACCAGUGUGCUGUGGUGCACGCAUCCCAGUGUCCCCUUGGAUCCAUCUGUGAUGUCCAGGUGGGCACAGACAUGUCUGUCCUGUCUAUGGUUGGAAAAAUGCUGCUUGAUGCAGUGUCUUGUGCUACAGCCCCCAGCUGGAGCUGGACCCUUCCUGCCUGGGUGAAGGUGCAAGUCUCAGCACUCAGCAAAAAGAAAUCUGCCUUCCCAGGGAACCGCUGAUGUGCCUUGAUCUCAUGUGGGGCUUCCAAGAAGGAAAGGCCAGCCCCGGGAGGGGAGAGGGGAGCUCUUCCAGUGAAGCUUCAUACCACCCCUGGGUGAGGGCUGUGCCCUUACAGAGACCCCACAAGCAGAGGUCUGCCAUCCAGGUGAAGCACAGUGGCCACCUGGGCUGGGUGAGACCCUGCUCUCUUGUCCUGGCAUGUGUCCUGCCUCUUGGAAAGUUGUCCUACACAUGGAGUCCAGUGCUCCAGCCACCCCCACCUGGAGGAGGCAGGUGGUGGCAGGCCAGCCCUGUGCUGCUGGCAUGUGCUGGUGGGCAGGAUGCAGGCCUGUGCUGGGUCACUACAAUUGUGAUGAUUCAAAACUGAGCAGCACUGAGCCCCUGGGCUGUUGUCUGCCUGGGGUCCUGGUGUGCUCUCCAGCAUCCUGCUGGUCUUUGGAUCCUUGGGGUGCUGUAAGGAAUACAUGCUGUGCAUCCAAGAGCUGGCAUGGAGAUCUCCCUGUUUAACAGCCAGCUCCCCAUUUUUACUGAACUUUCCAAUGAACUUUCCUCUUUGCAUGGAAAUGUAAUAAAUAUCUGACUCUGCAAAA